CUGCGAUUUUUAAAUUAACAUUAGGACUCGGAUCUGCAAUGAUGCUAUAAGAAAGUCCCUAAUAAUAUCUAAAGUUGCAGAAUGUUUAAUUAAUAAACGUUUAUUUUUUUAUGUAUAGUUUUCUUUUCUAUAAUUUCUGAUUAUUCCUAAACGCUAUAUGCUUCAUUUUAAAGGUUUAUUUCUUACUUUUUUAAUUAUAAAAGUUUAUAAAAUCAAGGCUGUGUUUUUUUAAUUGCCACUCAUAUGACGUAUAGGAAAUAGACCACUCCCUUGUUUACUUUUUUGUGGUCACUUCGGUCUCUCAACUGCCAAAAGAUGUAGGAGUGAUAACAGUAAAUAGGUCCUUUCUAUGUUGCCUUAUACGUACAUGAUAGGCGGUGUUAUGGAAAUCUUUUAUAUAUUUUGUAUGCUGUGAAAGUUCAUCCGUGUUCGAGAAAGAGAAAGACAAUACCUUUGUAAAUCAUGUCUCUUGGAUCUAUGUUUUGUUCCCGUUGUGGGGAUGGAUUUGAGCCUCAUGAAAAAGUGGUUAAUUCUCAUGGAGAAGUAUGGCACCAAGCUUGCUUUGUCUGUGCUCAGUGCUUCAGACCUUUUCCAGAAGGAAUAUUUUACGAGUUUGAAGGCAGAAAGUAUUGUGAACAUGAUUUUCACAUUUUGUUCGCUCCAUCCUGUGGAAAAUGUAAGGAGUUCAUUAUUGGUCGAGUAAUCAAGGCGAUGAACAAUAACUGGCAUCCUAACUGUUUCCGAUGUGAGAUGUGUCAGACAGCGUUAGCUGACCAAGGAUUUAUUAUUAAUGCAAAGAGAGCAUUGUGUCAUGACUGUAACGCCAAAGUGAAGGCUGCUGCUAUUGGCAAAUAUAUCUGCUACAAGUGCCAUGCCAUAAUUGAUGAUAGUCCAUUAAAGUUUCGUGGAGAGCCUUAUCAUCCUUAUCAUUUCAACUGCACAACCUGUGGCAUUGAAUUGACAGCAGAAGCUCGCGAGGUAAAAGGUGACCUCUACUGUUUGCGCUGCCAUGACAAGAUGGGAAUCCCAAUCUGUGGUGCGUGUCGCCGACCUAUUGAAGAGAGAGUGGUGACAGCUUUGGGCAAACAUUGGCAUGUAGAGCACUUUGUUUGUGCCAAGUGUGAGAAACCCUUUCUAGGACAUCGCCAUUAUGAAAAGAAAGGACUGGCAUACUGUGAAACUCAUUAUCACCAGUUGUUUGGUAAUCUGUGCUUUGUCUGCAACAGCGUUAUUGCUGGAGAUGUUUUUUCUGCUUUAAACAAAGCUUGGUGUGUUGACCAUUUUGCCUGUGCUAUUUGCGACACAAAAAUGAGUCAAAAAACUAAGUUCUUUGAGUUUGAUCUGAAACCGGUAUGUAAAAGAUGCUACGAGAAGUUUCCCGGAGAACUGAGAAAACGACUGAAGAAACAAUAUGAAAAUUCCCCAAGAAAAACUGUUAUUUGAGUAAAAAUAUCUUUUCAGUAACUUUAUUCUUGUUUUAUUUCUACAAACGAAAAUGUAUGGAAAAAAUGGCUGCUUUUUUUUUUUAAUUUAAUUAAUAUCUCAAUAUAUAACUUAAGAAGUAUCUCUUGUAAUUUGUGUUUAUGAGCUUUCCCAGAAACGGAAAGCAUUUUUGUCUUUAAGACAUUUUGGUAGUUUAAAACUCUGCUCACCAGUAACACUGAGUGCUUAUAAUGCUAAAAAUGUGGUUUCAAUACCCUUGUUGGGAAAAGCACCAAUAGCGCAUUGUGUAGCUUUGUGCUUAACAACAACAAACAAGUAUUGAAAUUACACUGAAGCCAUUUAGGAAAAUUCUACUGUUUGUUUUUACUUAUUUUAGAGAAGUAAAAGUGAUGGAAUCUAUCAGUUAAUUUACCCAUUUUAGGCUUUCAAUACAAAUUGCACUGAUACUGGUUCAGUUCAACUACUUAAGUCCAUUUUCUCAGAGUGGAAAUAUAUUGAUUUACAGAAAUGUAUGGAUCUUUUGUUCUGAUUUUCUUAAGAAUAGUAUUCAAAAAAGUGUAAAGAGUUUAAACUGCCUUUAUACACAGAAAGGAGUUGAGAUCAUUUUAUCGAGAUCUCUUCAUGAUUUGUACAGCUAAAUAACUUUAACUUUAGUUGUUUGAGUGUUUUUCAUAUAACAUAUUUUAUCAUUAAUAUGUAACGAUUUUUUAUGAACAUCUUAUAUUAAAUAUUUUAUCCAGGAUCUGCUAAAGGUAGCUCCAACUUGGAUCUUUCAAUUUACGAUAGACUGGUAUUAAGAAUUAUAAACUACAAACUGUCGAUUCUAACAUGUCAGUAAUAUUCCCUUGUCCUUACUUAUCUACAGAUUUUAUGAACCGCAGCUGGUUUACUGAAAAGAAAUGAUUAUUAUUUCUUCCCUGACUGUUAAUUUGACUUUCCCUCUUAUUAAGCUAACAUAGACACUUUAAGAUUCCAACCUUCUCACUGUAAGAUUUUACAUCUAACUUAUUCAUUAUCCAUCAAAUCUGACAUUUUACUGACACAUUAUGAUAGGUUCUUUUUUUUUAACUUCUUGUCAGUCAACUAAUUUUUCAGCUAAACGGUUCUUAAAAUAUCAGUGGUUAAACCUGAAAUCCAUAUUAGACUACUUACAGCCUUAAUGAAAGUUUCUCUUUGACAUUAUGGGAAAAAAAAAACCAUCAAACGGUUGAACACAUAAUUUAAUUUUCAGUAUUUUCCUUACAUUUUCUUCGCGACUAACAGUGUGAUCAUACUUUAUAACUUCAAAAUUACCUUCUGUCAUUAUUGAUGAAUUGAAAAUUAUAAAUGUCUGUUUGUAAAUUGAUUAAAAACAAAAAUCGGUAGGAAAUAAAUUGGAUGGAGUUAUUUUUGUUCUAUAAACUCGUACGUUAAAUAACAACUUUAUGAAAAUAUAGAUAAACUGCUAAAAUUUAACUUUGUUUCAAACAGAUAAAAUUUGGUACUGUAAAGAUUUUUUUUUCAAUAUCAAACGUUAUUGGAUUCUGCAUGACAUUUAUCGAACAGUUUGUGUAACACCUAACUUGUUUUUGUUUAUUUUCCACUAUAAUUUAAGUCUGUACAUGUAUAGAUGCUCUGUAGUUUUACUUCUUUUUUUUUCCUUUUGCGUGUUUUGAAUUUUAGAUAUUUUUGAAUAUAUGAAACGUUUAACAUUUUUGAAGGUAUAACUUUCCAGCAUUGCAUACUUAUUUAUAACAAAUCACAUCUAUAAUGUGUAAUUUCUUGUAUAAUACAUUAAAUAUCAACAGAAGUUUAAUUAUCCAAAAAUCUAAAUUUUAUUUACUGAAAAACAGUGUAAGAAAAAUUUCAAAUCUCAUUACCCCUUUUCUAGCAAUAAAUAUUUUUGUUUCUACUAUUUUCUUACAUGUACUUUGUGAUCUGUAAUAUUCCUCAUACACUAGUGAGUGCUAAAAAUGGUUAAUUUACAUUUUCUGAACAUUUCAGAUGCCAAGAAUUAAGUUUGGUAGCAAAGUAUAAAAUACGAUUAUGGUCGUGUCUGUUUCGAUCUUGGAUAGAAAGAACACUCAUUGCUAAUUGGCUCCUUACUUUUGAUUUACCCUGCACAUUUAGAGACAUACAAUGUACAUCAAAGUUUUGAUCUUGGAUAGAAAGAACACUCAUUGCUAAUUGGCUCCUUACUUUUGAUUUACCCUGCACAUUUAGAGACAUACAAUGUGCAUCAAAGUAGUGAAAUAGUGUUUGACAGGUGGUGUGAUCAUUUCUAACUUUAAAUUACAUCUGUAAGUUCUUUUUUAUACUAGAUUUUUUCUUUAUACCCUAAUAAUGUACCUGUUGUUUGUUUUUUUUGGUGUUUUUCAUUUCUUGUAAGUUUAUAAAUUAUUCAAGAAAUGUUUUUUAUUUGUAUUGUUUAUGUACAUUUAAGGUAAUUAUUAUCAUGCUAACUAAUGUAGUUAGUGUUACUUUAUUUCAUUGAAAUAUUUUGUGUGUAUACAGGUUGCUGUUUUUUUUAUAAAUAUGGCUUACUGAAGUACAAUGCAAUCUAAAUUUUAUUUUUUUGUGUCGUCAGAAAUUGUUUUAAUUAAAAAUAACACAUAUAUUGUGAUUCAUAUGUUAGUGAAGAACAGUAUAUUUAUGUAAUAUGCUAGUGCAUUGUAAGUAGAGUAAAUUAUAAAAACUGGUUUUUAGCAGGAAAUAUAUAAAAUCAGAUGACUUCAGUGGGAAAAAAAUUUAUGCUGUUGAGAAUAAAGUCUUAAGGUAUU